GCUCACUUCUUCUUCCUCAGAUUGGGAUUUCGUUUCAUUCUUACAGCUUUGAAAAUGAGACACUCAAUCGCUCUCUCAACUUCAUCCUCCUCCUCUUUCUCCCUCUUAACUUCUCCCAAUUCUACUACUUCAUCCUCUUCUUCUUCUCCCAUCGCUGCAUUUUUGCCCAUCCGUACGGACACUUUCCCCAUUGGCUUCUCCAAGAGCUCGCGAUUUUCUUCCCUUUCGAGGCCACUGCGACGACUCAUGGUCCAAUCCGCAGUUUCGAUCGAGAAGGAGACGCCGGAGACCCACAGGCCUGACACAUUUCUCCGGGGCGAGUCCUCCUCCUCCUCUGUCAGGGCCCGCUUCGAGAAGAUGAUAAGGGACGCCCAGGAUACCGUCUGCCAGGCCAUCGAGGCAGCCGAUGGAGGGGCCAAAUUCAAGGAGGAUGUUUGGUCCAGGCCCGGUGGCGGUGGAGGUAUCAGCAGGGUUCUUCAGGACGGUGCCGUUUGGGAGAAGGCUGGCGUUAAUGUGUCUGUGGUUUAUGGUGUUAUGCCUCCUGAGGCUUAUAGAGCUGCCAAGGCUGCUUCUGCUGAUACCAAGCCUGGUCCGGUUCCGUUCUUCGCCGCCGGCAUUAGCUCAGUUUUGCAUCCGAAGAACCCUUUUGCGCCCACUCUGCAUUUCAAUUAUCGAUAUUUCGAGACUGAUGCGCCUCAAGACAUUCCUGGAGCACCUAGGCAAUGGUGGUUUGGUGGUGGUACUGAUUUAACUCCUGCUUAUAUUUUUGAGGAAGAUGUCAAGCACUUUCAUUCGGUUCAAAAAUCUGCUUGUGACAAAUUUGAGCCCACAUUCUACCCACGGUUCAAGAAAUGGUGUGACGAUUAUUUCUACAUCAAACAUCGAGAUGAGAGGCGUGGUCUUGGAGGAAUAUUUUUCGAUGAUCUUAAUGAUUAUGAUCAAGAGAUGCUUCUUUCUUUUGCAAAUGAAUGUGCGAAUUCUGUUAUUCCUGCAUACAUACCCAUCAUAGAAAAAAGAAAGGAUACACCAUUUAAUGAUAAGCACAAGGCAUGGCAACAAUUGCGGAGGGGCCGCUAUGUUGAAUUCAACUUGGUUUAUGAUCGUGGCACAACAUUUGGACUAAAGACCGGAGGUAGAAUAGAGAGUAUUCUUGUCUCUCUCCCUCUCACUGCUCGGUGGGAAUAUGAUCAUAAACCAGAAGAGGGAAGUGAAGAGUGGAAACUAUUGGAUGCAUGCAUCAACCCAAAGGAAUGGAUCUAAUGAGCCAAGUGUUUUUGUAUCAUAGAGUAACAACGCUUUUUUUUCCUUUGUCAAUUUACUUUCCCACCAAUCUAUGUUUGUAGCUGAGGGUUAGAAUAAGUUAGCGGUUAUCAUCUUGUUUGAGGGAAUUCAUUAGAUGUAGAAGUGGAUAUAAUUGCUACCGGUGCAUUGGUUUUGUAUGAAUAAUUCAUCUUUGGAAGAAUACUUACCACCUUAAUGAGGCAAUUAAUUCAAGUUCAA